ACGCAGAUUCACUUGACCUCUCCUAGGUCACAUGUCCAUUCAAGGGCAUCCUAUUGGCCACCGCUUAACACACAAUACUGGAUAUAAUGUAUAGGAAAGUAAAUACAACAGAUUGUGACAAUGGAGGGCAUAUACUCAUAUAUGUUAACAAAUAUAUAUAGUUUUUUUGCCCCUCCGUCGCUCAUGUUGGUGCCACACCCAUUUGCCCUCUAUGGACCAGCCGCUAUUGCGGGGGGUUACUCUCAUCCGCAGGACUGCUGCUUUCUGUGGAGAGGAACCCUCAAACACCAACACUACAGACUCUGGAAGGACGCAAAGGAGACAUCGGUUCUAUUGAACUCUGGAGCUUUGUCUGCACAACCUGCUGCUCUGUCCGUGUAGAAUGUCGCACAAGAAGAUGCUGCAAUGCUCCAUGGGAGCUCUGCUUCUCCUCUUACCCUGGUUUGGUGGCCUGGUCCUGGGAGAGAUCAGCAAGGACUUCUCCCAGUGCCUUGAUUUCUUCUAUAAGGAAACUCCACCCACAGGUAUCCCAGCAGAGGGGUACCAGCCAAUAUGCCAGCGCUACCAAAACCAGUACCGCUUUGCGAGCCUGUAUCACCGUGAGCAUCGUUCCCCUCUGUACUCUGCGUACAUACUCAGUCAUCCAGAUGGCAAGCGGCCCAAUUCUACCUGGAUGUUUGAACCUCAGUUGGUGUUUUCCCGUGCCAGCUCAGAGAUGCAAAUCUUUUCUACCCCCGUGGACCAGAAUGUGAUGGAGAGCCAGGCGGUGAAUGAGGACUACAAGAACUCCAACUUCACCAAAGGACAUCUCAAUCCAAGCCUCCACCAGAAGACCAAACAAGACCGCAAGGCCACCUUUACACUGACUAACAUUGUCCCACAGCAAAAGGGCUCCAACUCCGGACCGUGGAAUGUUCUGGAGCAGGAGGUUUUAAGAAAAUUCAAGACCUUCUGCAACGGGACUAUGCAUGUGAUCACCGGAGUCAUGCCGUACGAGUCUGAACCGCACUGGAUCAACAACAGGGUGUCUGUCCCUGAGUACAUGUGGUCCGCCUACUGCUGCUCAUUCGUCAGAUCCGACCUUCCUGAGCAAGAGAAGCUCUUUUUCCCCACGUAUGCUGCAGUGGGAAGGAAUGAUCGUAACAGUGGAGAGGAGUUUGUGCCAGUUAACGUCAAGGCGAAACCCUCUGUGAGGGGCUACGAUGUGAGGCGCAUGUCCUUACAGGAGCUGGAGGACAUCCUGAGACAGAGGCUGAAUGUGCCCAUCGCUCUGUUUAAUGGACAGUGCCAGUAUGAAAUGUCUCUGUGGUGGGUGUGCGCUGCUGUAUUCACCAUGUGCAGCACAUCUUUUCUUCUUUAAUUACUUGAAUGACCGUUCUAAUCAGGAAAGGAAAUACACUUUUAAAGCAAUGCUCCAUGGGAGCUCUGCUUCUCCUCUUACCCUGGUUUGUUGGCCUGGUCCUGGGAGAGAUCAGCAAGGACUUCUCCCAGUGCCUUGGUUUUUUAAUAAUAAUACUCCACCCACAGGUAUCCGAGCAGAGGGGUACCAGCCAAUGCCACAUGCACUUACAGACAAAUAAUGUCCUAAGCUUGCACAUGGAAGAAGGCUCUUCGAGGAGGAAUUCAGCUUCAAGCGAAACCAGCGUGUUCUCUCGUGGUACAUCAACUCAAUAAAAAGAACCAAUCCUGCGCGUCUUCCCUCCUGUUGGCUCUCCACUAGGUGGCGGUAUCUACUCAUCCACAGCUCCUAAAGCUCCUAAAUUUAGGUAGGCAUUUCUUAGAGAAGGCAUGAUAUAAGAAGAGUAAAGUCCCUAAUGAUGUUAGUGGGUUAUAUUUUAAUCGCACAUCUUCCACAAACACAUUUUUUGAAAAAGUUUGAACCCUGAAGCUUUUGGGGACACUGGAAUUCUGGUGGCCACUUGGCAUGAUUAGUAAACCAGCUUUGCUUAAAAGGGUGAAUAUGAAAAUAUUGUCACAUUUUUAAUACACUAUGUAUAUUAAAUACUAUAUAUACUGGUCUUGGUCUGAAAAGGUUUAAGGACACUUUUGUUUUGUUACAUAAUUUCUUAGAGCCCUUUUGACUUCCACAAUUCAGUUCUCCAGUGGUCACAAAGUCUAGAGCUAAUUAAAGCCAGAAAAAAAGCUGACAUGAAUCCAAGAGUUGUUGCUUUUACCUUUCAGUUGAAAAAAAGAAAAUGUAAAACAAUGGAAAGUUUUGGUGCGGACAUUUGAUGGACGUUACGCUGAGCUUACGAGCGAGAUGUGGUCAAAUGUGUGACAGUAAACAUGCAGGUGAGAUGAAACCAAACUAGAUUGUGGUCAAAUGUGUGACAAUCAGUCUGUUUAAAUAGCACUGAGUACUAAAGCGUGAGGCGUUCCACUUAACAUACCUGUACACAGUUCAUCUUUCAUAGCCAGGCUUGAAAUGUGUUAUACAGUGUAUAGUCAGACUCCUUCAACAUUUAUUUAGUAAGUAAAUGUUAAAUGUUGUCUUGCCAAAUGAAGGUUGGAAGUUAAUGUGAUCUUGAAAUGUUUACUAACAAUCAAUCGAUUCCAAUAAACAAUAAAUAAACACUGAAA